AACCGUAUGUAUUUUUACAGAAUAGAUUUGUGGGGUAGUGUAAAUGACUACAUUUGUAGAGGUUUUCGCAUUUUGUUGCUAACGUAGACGUAGGCGAUUGACGAAUAUAGACGAUGUCAAAAGACGAAAAUGUUGACGCAAAAAGAGGAAAAUAUAUUUUACUUGGCGAAGUGAAUAUAGUUGUUACUGCAUUGCGGAGGAAUUUGAGAUGGGCAACACACAACUACCAGAACGACCAUGAAGACCAACUUAUUUCAAGUUUUAAUUCGCUUAAGAAUGUCUUGAACAGAUGUGAAGGUCUGUCUGUAUUGGAACCAAACAUCUACUUGACCCCAUUCCUGGAAGUUGUGCGAUCAGAAGACACUACAGGCCCAAUAACUGGACUCGCUCUUUCAUCAAUUAACAAGUUCCUAUCAUAUGGAUUGAUUGAUCUCAAUGCACCAAAUGCAGCAAUGGCAGUGUCUAGCAUGGCUGAUGCCGUCACCCAUGCUAGGUUUGUGGGAACUGAUCCUUCCAAUGAUGAAGUUGUUCUUAUGAAGAUAUUACAGGUUUUACGUGUCUUGCUUCUCAGUAAAGUAGGCACCUUACUAACAAACGAAGCAGUAUGUGAAAUAAUGCAAUCAUGUUUUCGAAUCUGCUUUGAAAUGAGGCUUAGUGAGCUGCUGCGGAAAUCUGCCGAGCACACCCUAGUGGACAUGGUGCAGGUACUUUUCACGAGACUUCCUGAAUUUAAGGAGGAUGCCAAAAAUUUGUCGUUAAACUCCAUGAGAAAGUUAAAAAUGCGAGCUGGGGGUAUGACUGACACCCAGAGAGGCAAGCGACAACGACGGGGCAACAAAAUAUCAAAGAAAGAAAGAAAAGAAGCGUUAUCGGGGAUUACCCAUGAAAAUUCCCCUGCCCCCACACCGGAAAUUCCCCCACAACAAAAUGAAACACCAUCAGAGGAGAACACACCUUCAAUACCAAGGUCGGCAAGUGAAGCACCAGUGGUUGAAGAAAGCGUUACAUUUGAGGUUGAACCAGAAGAAACUUCAGAAGAAGCCAAACUAGAAAAGAACGAAGUUUCUGACGAGAACAAAGAAAAUGAUGAUGGUGAGCAAGCUGACACUGAAGCGACCAAUGGGGACGGAGAAGAACUUUCGCAGCUUCCUGAUUCGCUUGUUGAAGAUGUAGACGGCCAAUCACAAGUCUCGGAAUCAAGUUCAGUUGAUAACACAGCCAAUCAAGCGAGAGGGGUAAGGUUCGCAUCUUCUCCAAGACCAAUUGGUUUCACGGGACCACUGGUACCGUAUGCUCUACCGUGCAUUCGUGAGUUGUUCAGAUUUCUCAUCUCUCUCACAAACCCUCAUGACAGACACAACACUGAUGUCAUGAUUCAUAUGGGAAUGUCUUUGAUGAUGGUUGCCUUAGAAACUUCACGUGAUGAGAUCAUGAAGUUCCCAUCACUUCUCACGCUCGUGAAAGAUGAUAUGUGUAGAUAUUUAUUUCAGCUACUAAGUGUGGAUAGAUUGGGAUUGGUGGCGGCUUCUCUGAGAGUUUCUCUUCUUAUCUUUGAAUCAAUGAGAAAGAAACUAAAGUUUCAGCUUGAGUCAUUUUUAAAGAAAAUAAUGGAUCUGAUAACUUCGGAUAAUCCAAAAAUGUCGUACGAGAUAAAAGAGCUGUCACUAGAGGCAGUAGUGCAGCUAUGGCAUAUACCAGGGCUCGUAACGGAGGUUUACCUUAACUAUGAUUGUGAUUUCUAUUGCUCCAAUAUGUUUGAUGAACUCAGCAAACUUCUUUCUAAGAAUGCUUUCCCUGUGUCUGGUUUGUACACAACACACCUUCUAUCGUUGGAUGCCUUGCUUACUGUGGUACGGAGUAUUGAACAUAGAUGUAAUCAAAACGAGAACAAAAGUCUCGAAGAUACUUCUAGUGUUGCCUCUGCUGAGACUGCCACACCACCAUCAACACCUGAUAUUGCAACCAAGCCCCCCACCGAGUGGACAUCUGCAAAUCCAGUCAACAUUCAGCAGGUGGCAGCAAAGCUCACACCGACAGAAAUACCAGAAAGAUUUAGCGGACCAAUACCAACAAUAGAGGAACUGCAGAAGAUAAAACAAAAGAAAAAGAUUUUGCAAAAUGGGACGGAACUUUUCAACCAGAAACCGAAGAAGGGAAUCGGUUUCCUCCAGGAGCAGAAUCUUCUCGCUGUCCCUCUUGAUGUCCGGGAGGUUUCCCUCUGGCUGCGAGCGAACCCAUGGUUGGAUAAGAAGAUGAUUGGGGAGUAUAUAAGUGAUCGGAGGCAUCCGGAAAUCCUGGAUAAUUUUGUGAGAACAUUCAAAUUUGAGGGCCUUCGUGUGGAUGAAAGUUUGCGGAUGUAUCUUGAAGCGUUCAGAUUACCUGGUGAAGCACCAGUUAUACAACGACUUAUUGAAGCUUUCUCUGCAUAUUGGUCGGAAUGUAACCACCAUCCCUUCAUGAACCUUGACGCUGCAUUCACGCUCUCUUAUGCGAUCAUUAUGCUCAAUACUGACCAACACAACAGAAAUGUUCGGAAACAAAACGAACCGAUGACAUUCCAGGACUUCAAACGCAACACUAAGGGUUGUAAUGGUGGACAAGACUUUGAGCAACACAUGCUUGAGGAUAUCUACAAUACUAUAAGAAACGAUGAGAUUGUUCUUCCUGAUGAACAAACUGGUCCAAUACGAGAUCGAUGGUUGUGGAAUGUAUUUCUCAGAAGAGGGAAUUCCCCAGAAGGAACAUGGUUGCCAGCAGGAGACAGCGAUUCCUAUCAUAUUUAUGACCGUGAUCUAUUUGCAAUGAAUUGGGGACCAACUGUUGCUGCUCUGUCUUAUGUAUUUGAUAAAUCGUUGGAGGAAAACAUCAUACAGAAGUCAAUCAUUGGGUUCAAGAAAUGUGCUUUGAUCAGCGCACACUUUUCUAUGUGUAAUGUGUUCGACAACCUUAUAGUGUCUCUAUGUAAGUUCACUGGACUCACUUCAAGCGGGGAGACCCCCGAUGUAACAACCGUCAUGUUUGGAUCGAACCCGAAAUCUCAACUUGCAGCACGCACGAUGUUCCAUCUCACUCAUCGUCAUGGUGACAUCCUCCGCGAGGGAUGGAGGAACAUUCUGGAUGUGAUUCUUCCUCUUUAUCGAUCCAAGCUCCUCCCUGCUGCCAUGGUGGAGGUGGAGGACUUUGUUGAUCCAACAGGAAGAGUCUGCCUCCUCAGGGAAGAACUACCGAUGCAGAGGUCAGAUUCGUCAAUCUUCAGUUCGUUCUACCAGUUUAUGACACUAGGUGGCCCUGCUGAGAACUCGAAUCAGAAACAAACGACUCCGGAAGAUCAAGAAGCUAUGAAGAUUGCACAGGAUUGUGUGAAAGAAUUACAACUGGAAACACUGGUCACUGAAAGCAAGUUUUUGAGAUUGGAUUCACUGCAGGAACUGAUGAAAGCUCUCAUGCAAUCCUCCCUCCCCCCACAUGUACAUGAAUCAAUGGGAACAAAUUAUUCCGAGGAUUCAGCAAUCUUCUUCCUUGAGCUUCUGCUGCGUGUUGUUCUACAAAACAGAGAUCGGAUCAUGUCGUUGUGGCAAAUGGUGCGCGACCACCUCUACACGAGCAUCGUCAUGGCAACAGAUUACUCCCUCCUCCUCGAGCGAGCAGUAGUUGGAUUGAUGAGGAUGGCUAUCCGUCUCCUCCACAGAGAGGAUGUUGCUGAUGAAGUCCUCGCAUCACUACAGAUCCUCCUUAUGAUUAAACCAUCCAUCAUCUCAAAAGUGAGCCGACAAAUCGGGUAUGGACUCCAUGAGCUCUUACGCACCAACGCAGCUAACAUCCACGCAAGAUCCGAUUGGAUCACCAUCUUCACUGUGAUGAAGACUGUGGGAGCGGGAGCUCUUCCUCCAGCCAUCGUACAAGUCUCCACACCAUCUUCCGAGGUUCAGGAUCAAGCUUAUGGAUCGGUGGAGGAUGUCGCAGAUAGAAGAACGCAUUCAGAUGGUGAAGGGGUUGCCGUUGACAACCGUACGAGUGUUUACUCCGAUCGUGGCUACACCUCUGAUAGCGAGUUGUAUGAAAACCAUCUAUCUGGAAACACUGAAGAUAUGUCUGAGAAACUUGGAGGGGGCGAUGAUAAAUCAUCUGUCCAGGUGAUCCCCCCACCUCCUACCCCAUGCAACCAGUUCACCCUCCAGUUGGGUGAGGAGUUACGACAACACGACAUGCGAUCAAUGGUUAAAUGUUGUGAAACGCUCGCUUUCCUGGUAAGGGAUGCCGCGCAUAUUACUCCAGAUAACUUUGAACUUUGUGUCCGAUGCAUCAGGACCUUUGUGGAAGCAAGCAUCAAUGGAGUGAAUCGAGCGCACCACGCGAGUGUGGUCGAGAUGAAACAUCCAGAUAAGAAGAAGUUGAAGAAGAGGAAGGAGCGAGAUGGAAAGAGGAGGAUGGCGGGUCAUCAACAUGAGAGAUAUUCGGGACAUUACUCAGAUGACGAAGCGGCCGUGGAAAAUGUGCCAGGAGGUUACCAUACUAUGUCCCUACAGCUCCUUGAUCUGAUGCAUACCCUCCACACACGGGCAGCGUCGAUCUACAGCUCAUGGGAGGCAGAGGAACGGAAAGUUACAGACGAACCUAUUGUGACAGCUGAAGCAAGCAGUUUAUGGGGGAAGUGUUGGUGUCCAUUGUUGCAAGGCAUAGCUCGUUUGUGUUGCGAUGCGAGAAGACAAGUUCGAACAUCAGCUCUAACAUAUUUACAACGAGCGUUGCUGGUUCAUGAUCUGCAAACAUUGACUGGGAAGGAAUGGGAAUCCUGCUUUAAUAAGGUGUUGUUUCCUUUAUUGACAAAACUUUUGGAAAACAUAAGUCCUGCUGAUCCAGAUGGAAUGGAAGAAACCAGAAUGAGAGGAGCCACGUUAUUGUCAAAGGUAUUUCUUCAACAUUUGAACCCCCUACUGAACCUACCAACUUUCACAGCGCUGUGGUUAACUAUAUUAGACUUCAUGGACAAGUACAUGCAUAUUGGGAAGCGAGAUUUACUGUUUGAAGCGAUACCCGAGUCACUGAAGAACAUGCUACUGGUGAUGGAUACCGCUGGUAUCUUCCAUAGUAAAGACUCGGGUCACACCUCGCUGUGGGACGUAACAUGGGAGAGGAUUGAUUGCUUUCUACCAAAUUUAAGGAACGAGGUUUUUAAACCUCCAACACCUGAAGCUAAAAAAGAAGAACUUGUCGCUCCCAAGGCCCCUGAGCUCUCACGAGAUGGGAUUCCCCCUCAGCCCCACCUGGAGCAGUUUCACCCCUCUAAUAAGUUGGACCCCGGCCACCUUCCAGCAGGGGUAAUCCCCGCCCCCAAACCCAAGGUUAACCCCCCAAUAAGCCUGAACAUCUCCCCACCUUAUGCACCGCCUAAAAACCCAAUACCAGUUUACCCUCACACUACCGGAGCCCCUGGCACCUCACCCCCUAAAACUUACCCAUCCCUGGCACCCCCUGUUGGCUUAGGGGGCCCGAGUAUUCCCCCUUCUCAACCCAAAAACAUCCUGAUGACCCCAAGCACCCCUAACUUCAUAGUCACCCCCUUACCCCACCCUACAGUUGUGGGUAACCCCUUACCCAACUCAUCAGUGGUCCAGAUGCCUGUGACGCAGAUUCCUUCAUCAACCCAGUGAUUAUGACGAAACAAUGCAAUAUAUUGCAAGACAGUCCAUAGGAUACUAAUACGCACGUGUUUAUCUUCGAUUUUAUUCUAUAAUAAGAAUCUAGUGUAGUUUUCACAGCUAGCUGUAACGGUGGCGUGCUUUGUUAUGUGUAAAUAGCUAUUGUGACGUGCAAUCGUAGAAUAAAGUAGCGGUGACUUCGGAAAA